GCACAAAUCACCCCUGUUACUGAAUAGAACAUCCCACUUCCAAGAUGGCGGCAGCUUAGAAAAAAAAUCCGGUGAACAAGAUCGAAGAACAAAUUUUCAUCGUCAUAACAUCACAAAUCAGAAUCGGUUUCUGCACCCCUGCGCCCUAGCCCUGCCAUGUCUGGAAGUCUGAUCCGGUCCAUCUCCACAGUGAACACACCCAUGCAUUCGCUCGGAGCUGAGAAGAAGAAGAAAACCUCUGAUAAAGACCCCGGCUCCCCGCUCAAACACUUCGUCACCGCAAAGAAGAGAAUAAAUGGCAUAUUUGAGCAGAUUUCUGGGUACAUUGACGAAAGUUCUGACUUUCUGAAAGAAUCCAAUGCAAAGUGCGAUGGGUUGGAGAUCGUUAACGAGAACCAUGUGAACCAGGUAGAGCAGUACAAGGCCAAGGUCGCAGGGAUCGCACAGGUCAUCUCACGGGACAAGAUGAAGGUCGCGUUUUUCGGCAGAACAAGUAAUGGAAAGAGCACAGUAGUGAACGCCAUGCUGAGGGAUAAAAUCCUGCCCAGCGGGAUCGGACACACCACCAACUGUUUCAUCAACGUGGAGGGCAGUGAUGGGUUCGAGGCUUACCUGCUCACACCUGACUCUGAUGACAGGAAAACUGUACAGUCUGUAGGUCAGCUGGCCCAUGCCCUGUGUUCGGAGCGUCUGGAGGACAGCAGUGUGCUGGUGAAGGUGUUCUGGCCCAAGGGCAGGUGUGCGCUGCUGAGGGACGAUGUCGUGCUGUUGGACAGUCCUGGUAUAGACGUGACCCCUGACCUGGACAGCUGGAUAGAUGAACACUGUCUGGAUGCAGAUGUGUUUGUGUUGGUGGCAAACUCUGAGUCUACACUCAUGAGAACGGAGAAGAACUUUUUCCACACGGUGAGCGAGCGACUGUCCAAACCUAACAUCUUCAUCCUCAACAACCGCUGGGACGCCUCUGCCAGUGAACCUGAGUUCAUGGAGGCUGUGAAGAAACAGCACCUGGAGCGCUGUGUGAGUUUCCUGGUGGAGGAGCUGGGAGUUGUAGACAGACUGCAGGCGGAGGACAGGGUGUUCUUUGUGUCUGCUAAGGAGGCGCUGCAGUCUCGCCUGCAGAAACAACAGGGCAUGCCCGAGGAAGGUGGUGCCCUGGCGGAAGGCUUCCAAGCAAGACUGUUUGAGUUUGAAAACUUUGAAAGAAAAUUUGAGGAAACCAUCUCACACUCCGCAGUGAUGACUAAGUUUGACCAGCACGCCAAGCGAGGCAAGACCAUCUCCAGCGCUCUCAAGGAGGUCAUGGAAGACGUCUUUCACAGGUCUUCUCAGCAGAGAGCCAUCUGUAUUGAGCAGUGUAAGGAGCAGAGUGACCGUCUGGACGUGACAGAGAAACAGCUGGACCUGAUGACCCAGGAGUGUAAGGACAGGAUCAGGGACAUGACCGAGGAUGUGGAGAAACAGGUCUCCAGCGCGAUGCGAGAAGAAAUCCGCCGGCUCUCGGUUCUGAUGGAUGAGUUCAACACGCCGUUCCACCCCAACCCCAUGGUGCUGAAGGUGUACAAGAAGGAGCUGCACACUCACCUGGAGCAGGGGCUGGGCAGGAACCUGGCCACACGCUGUAUGCCUAACCUCAGUCAGACACUAGAGGUGGUGCAGACUGAAAUGACAGAGCGUAUGGAAGCCCUGCUCCCCCCUGAGGUGAGACAACAGUGUAUGGAUCAGUCCGGAGCUGUCCUGGUCCGCAGGGAGCCGUUUGAAGCUAACUUCCACCUGGACAUCCACAACCUGUGUGCAGACUUCCAGGAGAACAUAGAGUUCCAGUUCUCUCUGGGCUGGCAGGCGCUCGUACGCAGGUUCCUCGGACCCAAGACUGCCAAACGGGCGCUCAUGGGAUACGACGACACGGUCCCCCGCCCGCUGCCCCCUGCAGAGGUAGGUGAGGUGGUGUUAGCUCCCCAUGUACAGGACCUGAUGGCUCAGGAUGCAGAAAUCAUGGCCAGGUUCAUCACCAACCUCGCCUCUAUCUACUCUCGCUCUUCUGUGGGAGUCUUGGUCAUCACAGGGGUGAUCUGGAAGGCUGUUGGCUGGCGGCUGAUAGCGGUGACAGGAGGACUGUACGCACUACUCUACCUGUACGAACGUCUCACCUGGACUAACAAGGCCAAGGAGCGAACCUUCAAAAAACAGUUUGUGGACUACGCCUCGGACAAGCUACAACUGGUCGUCAGUUUCACCAGUCAGAACAUCAGUCAUCAAGUUCAACAGGAGCUGUCUGGUAACUUUGCCCGGCUGUGUCGUCAGGUGGACGUUGCUAAGGAGGAGCUCCAGCGGGAAAUCAGCCAGCUCAACACGGAGAUCGACCAGCUGGAGGAGGUGCAGCAGCGCGCCAAGCUGCUCAGGAACAAGGCAGGAUGGCUGGACAGUGAACUGAACUCCUUUGUACAACAGUACCUACAUGGAGGCAACAUGAGUGGGUAGAACAGCAGUUGCUCCACGGAGGAAACUCGGGUUGGGGGGUAGCGCAGAAGUAGCUCCAUGGAGUCAUAUAACAGAGCAGAAACUCCACAGAGGAAAUAGGGGGAUGGCAAAUUCAAACAACACUUUACAAUGUAUAAUGUAUUUCUGCAAAGGCAACAUGAGUGGGUAGAGCAGCAGUAGCUCCACGGAGUCUAAAAAUACUGGAUAGGCUAACAGAAACUCCACGGAAGAAACUUGGUUGAAGGGUUAUAACCAAUGGGUGUACAUGUAGGUUUAACAUCAUGGUGACACAUAUCUCUAUAGAGGAAACACAUGUAAGUGGCAACAUCUACCAUAUUGGGAGAGUACUAUAAGAGUCAUGCGUCAGUCUUUACCUAUCAUUGUUCAGGGAAAAGGGGUAUAUCUUACUAUUAACAUCUCUUACAUAGGCUUCACUUGACACAGAUUUUGUUUUUUUAGCCGUUCCAUGAAUUGAAACCAACAGUUUCAAAUUAUAGGGUGAUUUCUUUGAUGAAAUGUUAGAACAAGAAGACUGCAUCCCAGAAAAGUGUCUAACUCAUAGAGUCUCAUGUACAUGUAAAUAUGAAGGUAGUUUACUGGUUUUCAAGGAGAGUUAGCUAGCCUUAGGUAGACUCUUCUCAGGCUAAACAGAGAAAAUAUACCAGUUGGCUGAAAUGGGAUGAAAAAUUUGCAGAGGUUAUAUUCACAAAACCCUGACUGAAUACAUCUGUAGCAUAUGCAUGCUCUUGUUUUUCACUAGAAGAAGAAGGCUGUAACUCAAGCAACUGGACAGAUUUUGAAAACUGAUAAAAAGUAGUUGAUGCUACUUGCAACAUCUGACAGCUUUCAAAAUGUAUCCAGUUGCUUGAGUAUUGCUGAC